AUGGUGCCUGGCACAAAUACACGCCCGGGCAGCGUGUACCGCGGCCCGGCUCGGGUCCGAGCGGGUGGAGGCCGGCUCCAACAGGUGUGGCACGGGUGCGCCCGGCCAACCUCGGCGGGGUCUCUCCCCAGCACCCGCACCAACACCGGCCCGGGCAGGGCGGGAGCCCCAGGCCUUAGAGAUCGGCCUGCGCACCGCCCGCGGCCGCCUCGCACGGAUGGGGAAAAGGCGGGAGGCCGAGACGCGUCCUCCCUCGCCCCCUCCUUAAAUUCCAGCGUCCUCCAUUUGCUGCGCCCGGGGUGCGGCCUAUUCAGUCGCCGGCCCCCAAAUCGGGGCGGCUUCGAGAGCAGAGCCAGGGCUGCCAAGAGGGCGGAGGAGGAGCGGGAAGGGAGUGCGGCGAGUCCGCGGGGCAGUGCCCUGUGCCGCGGAGCUGAGUGCGCUGGCGGCCCUGCCACCUGUGCGGGCGCGCGGCGGCUGCGCCCCGGCCCAGGCCUGGGGCUCCCAGAAAGACCGAGCCAGCCCGAAGGCGGGGCUGGAAGUAGCGGCACGGCCCAGCCGCGCUGCGGCGGCGGGGAGCUGGGAGGUUCUGGCGGGCGCGAGUUCCCUGAGCGGGCCUCUCCCGAGCGCUGCGUCGGCGCCCCGGGCGUCCCGAGAGCCUGCGGGCACCCUAUUCGCCCCCUGGCGGCGCCGGGGACAAGACGGGCGCCGCCGAUGCCACCGCCACUGCCGCGGAAUGAGCUGUCCACAGUAGCACUGGGCGCCGCCCGAAGUCACGCAAGAAUCUGUCCCAGGGCUGCGAACCGAUUUGAGACUAUGGAAACGGUAGACAAAAAGCAAAUUUGAGUGAUUUUCUUAUUAGAGUUCAAAAUGGGUCAUAAAGCA